AUGGAAGAAGARGACCUUUAUACUGCUUUCUCUAGAAUGCUCAUCCCUCGUGCUACGAGGGGAGUUGAAGCUUCUUCAGAAGAUGCCCUCAUCGAUGAAGAAUGGAGAAGAAGCCUUAUGUUCAAAGUCUUAACGGAUAGAGUCAUCAAACCAAGGGGUCUAAAGAAGAUGUUCCCUAGCAACUUUGAGAGGGACUUGGUCUUCGAUAAAGACCCAUGGCUUUUUGAAAACAAUAUCAUUUUGCUAUGUAGAGGAGAACCAGAUCUAAGCCCUGAAGACUAUGAGCUACCAAUGGCAGAGGUCUGGAUUCACCUAAGUGGAUUACUUGUAGGAUAUCUAUCAAUCAUUGUAGUGAAAAAGGUGACAACUUCUAUUGGUAAACUGUUUGAACCUUCACCAAAAGAGGUGGCGCUAUGGAUCCAGUUUGCUCGCAUUAAGGUUGCUCUGAAUAUCAAUGAACCGUUAGUUGAUUCAGUCCCAUACACUCUACUCUCAGGGAAGACAAUUGCAAUUAAGGUUAAGUAUGAAAGGCUUCCAUGGUUCUUCUUGUUCUGCGGGAGAUUAGGCCACGAGAAGGGUGCAUGUAGAACUCUCCACCGUCUGAAACUGGCCAUUGAAGACUGCAAGAACCCAGGUCAAAAAGAAAAGUUAUAG